GCUUUCUCUGACCAGAGGAUGGAGGGCUUUAUCUUUUAAAUUGUGGAUUACUUUGCCUGUUUGUUCUGGAUUAGUGGUAAAAGUAAGGCUUUCAACUUGCAUCUUCGAAAAGUGAAACAUUAUGCAAACUAGCAUUCUCAGAUGAAAAGGCUGAUCUUUUGUGUGCAGUUUUUGUGCAGCAAAAAUGGGAGUAUAGGAAAGGAUUAAGGGGAACUCUUGUAAAUAAAUUUACUCAUGUAAAUAAUUCUUUAUGGGUUAAUUUUGAUUGAAUGCUAUAUUGAAAAUUCAUAGGAUUAUUAAUGUAUAUGAUUUAUAUGCCUCUGGUUGAAUAGAGUAAUAGAUAAGACUGCUGGGUCACCUGCUGUGUGUUCACAGCAUGAGAAAGUACCAGAACACCGGCAUGAAAAUCCACUGCACCUGUUUUCUUUGGAUUUAUCCUGACCUAUUAAGCACCAGAGAACAUGUGGGACGAGCCCCCAUUCUGCUUUUUGUGACACGCAUGAUGAUAAUGUCGUACAGCCUUUUUCUAAGAAUCUGUUUUACUUUAGAUCUUGAAGGUUUAAAAUACAUGGGCAUUGGACCUGUGAUCUGCACUUUGGGCUGCAAAACUGCUUUUAGUCAUUUGGCCAGAGUUUGCAUGUAGAGCAAUGUAGGCCAAAGUUUGCAUGUUUUUCACUGAACCUGUCUUGGAUCCCUUUGAACACCUUUGUGUUCCUUCACGUAGUCUUUCCAAGGGAAGAAACUUAAAAAUAUAACUAAGCCUUAUGUUCCCCUGUUUUACAAAUGAAUACAAAGCCAUUCUAACCUAGAAUUGAUCUUUUUAGGCAUGUGGCCGAGAAGUGGAUUUUCAGCAUACAUGGGAAAGUGAUGUGUGCCCCUUUUCGGUGUCUGUGUGCCAGUGUUAUUCUGGAGGGGGGUUGUGGGGGCACUGCCAGUCUAUUGACCACUGUAGAUGAUGAAUUGUUACAUGAAGUCUCAAACCACAUGGAGUGUCAGUGCAAAUAAAGAACGGCUCUAUGCACCACUUCCCCUUCCCAAUCACACCCUGGAGGGAGGUUGUAAUUGGAUUAGCUGUGGGAACAAUGCCCCCUAGUUUUCUCCCAAAAAGCACUUGGAUGCCACAGAGCCUUCUGACCCACUGCCAAAACCCUGUUCUUCCUGCAGUUUUCCAAACCGAGCCCCUGUGUCUCUCUCAAGGGGAAACUUUUCUAGUACAGCAAAGUUAAAUGAAAAAAGCGUUAAUCAAAAACAUUUUGUCGGACAUGUGGUUGCAAGGAAGGCCUGCUACUGUUCCUUCUCCAUGUAGGAUCAACAGCGGUUUUGAUCGGAGCUAUUUUGGAAUUAAAAUGUUAAACUCCAGAAUAGAGCCUUGAGAUGUACAUCUUUGUGGUUUGUCGAUAUAUAGAUGAUGAUUUGCUGUGCAAACUAUCCCAGUACAUUAUGUCUCUGUGUAGAUUUCUCAGACUAUUGCGAAGAUGAAGGACCGUACGUGGUCCAGAUAACAAAAAAGCAAAAUAUCUCCUGCAGGCAAGUAAAGCCAUCAUUAAAUUCAAAUUAUUUUUUUCCCCAUCUCUUUGUCUCAUUCAAAUCUGAGUUUCUCUUUUCAGCCUUAACACCACAAAAGUUAUUCUCCCAUGCAUUUCUGAGAAGCUUGUACUGAAGAGGUUUUUAAUGUGGUACUGUGCAACUACAGUGGGCUGACUCCCUGCUCUACUAAACUUUGUCAGGCUGUUUCAGUCUUCUUAUUCUCAGCUCGGAACUGGUGGCCACUUAGUGGUGCAAAGAGGCUGCAGCAUCAAUCCUAAUGGAUCCUGUGGAUGUCUCUUCCAUCUCAUCCCUUAGUAAACCAGUCUGUGUGCUGUGGGGCUGUGAGCUGAAUGGCACCCAGAGGAAGUUUAAUUUUGAAGUGGAAGACGACCUUCUGGAGAACCAGCUCUUUAUCAAGACGAUCUGCCUGAGUGAGGACGCCAGUGACGAUCUGCACGUUAUCGAAGUGGAGGCCAGGAUCAUGCAGGAUGUCCGCCCCAUCCCAAUCGCCACCCUGCGGGCCUCGGUCCAGCCCAUGGUGAGCUUCUAUUGCUUUGAGUUAAUGCCGCCGGUGACCUUUAACCUGCGCUCAGGGCAGGGGCCUGUCUAUAUUUCUGGUCAGCACUUCAUGUUGGAUUUAGAAGAGGAAGAGAAAUUCUACUCCUUGCGUUCCAGUAGUUGCUAAGGUCUCUCCAAAUAAAAGAAUUAUAAUUUGUUCUUCAACCCUUUCCUGGUGACUCUUAAAAGACUUAAUAAUAUGAUUAUUCGAUUGUUUUUACAUAAUAAUUACAAGCAAUUUUUUUUUAUUUGCA